GCAUUUCUCUCCAAAGCCCCCUCUCCUCCCUCUUUCACUCUCACCCUGUCCAACUCUCUUCAUCUUCCUACUCUCUCCUUUACAAACACACAUACACACAGUAUUGUCAACAAAGCUUGGGAACGAAGGACGUUGGGUCCACAGAGGAAGAGAGUAACUUUCAGGGCACCUCAAUCGAUUUACCUGGACGCUUGCAGAUUGGAGGAGGCAGCGAGGAGGUGACGGUAAACAGAGGCGAACGCACUCAACAGGACUGGACUCCUUUUACUUCCACACAUGUUAGUUUGGACGCUCGUAGCAUGUAUGAGAAGUUAACCAUGCUGAACCUGCAGAGCGGCUCAAACUGGAGUGGGCCCAACAACUGGUACCAUGAUCCCACCGGCGUUCAGACGCAGCACAGCUCAGUGUCUGAGGGCUGCAUGCUGGACACAGAGGGCAGCAUGGCGGGGGAAGCAGGAGGAGGAGGAUCGGGCAGAGGAGGAGUCCCCGUGGAGCGAGACGAUGGUGAGGAGUCUCAGCUGAGGCUGCAGCUCAAGAGGAAGCUGCAGAGGAACCGGACCAGCUUCACACAGGAACAGAUCGAGGCUCUGGAGAAAGAGUUUGAACGGACUCAUUACCCAGAUGUUUUUGCAAGAGAGAGACUAGCAAACAAGAUUGAUUUACCUGAAGCCAGGAUACAGGUGUGGUUUUCAAACCGAAGAGCAAAGUGGAGGAGGGAGGAAAAGCUGCGCAACCAAAGGAGGUCAGGCAGCGUCACCUCCUGUUCGCAGAGCCAGGCCCCUCUGAGCACCUCCUUCAACACGUCCGUGUAUCAUCAUCAGCACGGCAGCAGCUCAGGGUCCAUGUUGAGUCAGGCUGAGUCGUCCCUGCCCAGCUACAGCUCGCUGUCUGUUUUCUCAUCCGGAGUCCAGUCCAUUCCUCCUCAGUCGGCCUCCUCAUACUCCUGCAUGUUGCCUCCAUCUCCUUCUGCUCCACGCAGUUUUGACUCCUCAGCGUACUCCUCCCCUCACCUGCAGAGUCCUCCCUCAGCCAACUCCAACACAGGGCUCAUCUCGCCUGGGGUUUCAGUGCCGGUCCAGGUCCCAGGUACAGAGCCGCAGAGCAUGGGUCAGAACUUGGGCCAGUACUGGGCCAGGCUACAGUGAGCUCCAGACGACUGCUGACUAACAAAAGAAGAAAAUGGAGAAAGCAACCAUCUUGGUUUUUAAGGAGGCACAGGUUUGAGCUGCAGAGGAGCCUUGAUGGGUUGAAGACUCCAAAAAGCAUUAAAUGUUUACAAACUCAGCCAAGAGCAGCUUUGGUUGCACUUAAUAGUACUCUGGGCAUACUGGUAUUGUCUUAGUUUGCACAGAUUAUUUUGAAUAAUAAGAUAAUUCUAUGGAUGAAAUGAAGAUUAGGAUCAGUCUGAUGCAUGUUUAGGAUUAAAAGAGUCUGAAGAUGGAAUUUCAGUUUGUGGUGAAACAAAAAUAAUUGCUUUUUUUAUACUUGAUUAUUAGAAUUUGGGUCAAAUUUCUCCACAAAAUUAGGGAAAAAUGAGAUACAUGUGUAUGUUUAUUUUAUUCAUAAACCCACAAGUUAAGUUGAAUACUCCAAAAAGCUGCAUAAAUGUGGGUUAUACAUUUUAAUAAGUUGCUUUUAAAUUAUAAUUACAUUUGAAGCCCAGAAAACUUUAAAAAGUUAUAUCUUAUAGGUUUAUCUAAAAUUUGAUGAUUAAAAAGACCCUAAUGAGUGCGGUUUUAAAGUUUCAUAAAAUGGAAGUGAAACAACGCUGAGCAGAACUUCAGGAUUUGAUUCACUGCUAUGCCACACGGACAGAAACGCAGAGUAAAUGCCAGCAGAUGUCAGGUGUAUUGUGAAGUGUAACCACAGUUUCCUGUUAUUCGAGCAGCUUAAUGAUCAUAAAUCCCUGAGCGUAAGCUGUGACACAACUGUGAAGAUAUUAGACAAUCACUUGUAUGAAAACGUCAAAAACUUCAAGAUAAAAAGUGCAAAUCCUGCCUAUCCUGACAACACUACAACCGCUAUUUUUAUAUUAAAAAAAAAACAUCUGUGUGUGAAGAAGGGAACUGUGGACGAUUGUCUGAUGUUAUGAAAGGGGAGAAUGUAGCGAUGCUAUGGGCUCUGGACCAGAGCCGGAUUUAGGAGGAUGGGGGCCCCUGGGCUGGAGUCAGGAUGGGGGCCCCUGG